AUGAUUACUGUUCCCCAAGGAGAAAGAUUGGAAUGUUUCAAAAUCGAUGGCCAAUAUGUAGGGACACUCACACUUCAUAACACCAAACCAAACAAGUAAUAAAAUCAAUUAAAUUCUUAGCUGUUGCGGUUUCAAAAUCAGAACAAACAAUACCUAAGACAUCUAAGUUAUGCCACACAUAGGAUCUUUUACAGGAUAACACUUUAAAAUUGUCGUUAAGUGUUAAAAAUUCCAAUGUAUUCUUACUUUAUUAUAAAUCUUAGCCAAUGCAAAAUUACAAAUUCUUACUGUGGAUCUAUCAGAUCAAAAUUUCAAUAAAACUGAUGUUAAAUCCCUGGCCUCUUAUUUUGAUUCCUAUUCCAAUAGUUCAUUUGUUGAAAAAAUGAAAAUAGAAAUAAUUACUAUCGAUUAAAAUUAAUUAACAAAAUAAUCUAAUACUGUUAAUCAAUCAAUCUCGUUAAAUAAAAACAUAGAAGAAAGCAUAUACAACCAAUAAGAUUUUGCUUACGAAUAAACUACUUUGUUGAAGAAGAGCGAACAAAUCAAACAAUAACAAAUUAGAAACUCAUAUACAAACUCUGAUCCACAAUAAAGUGUAAGCCGAGUAUCUGCUUCAGAAUAAAGAUUUCUUACCUCAACUACAUUUUAAUAGGCUAAACAGACUUCAUCUAAACAAUCAUCCAAUUCAUAAAAUACUUUUCAAUUCGAUUAUCCUCCCCCAAAGCCCUAAUCCUACCCUUAUUAACCACAACAACCAAAAGUGCAUAAUUAUCAAGAGAAAGAUUUUGAAGAAGACCCUUAAAUCUAAAAAUUAAAUCUUAAAAUACAUUAAUUGUAACUAGAAUUCAAUAAACAAUCUGAAGAACUAUAAAAUAUUGAAAAAACAAAGGCAUCAUUAUUGUCAUAAGAUUCUGAUUAAAAUCAAGGUUAAAUCUAUGUAGGUGUCCAACACAUAUUUUUUUCAGCCUUAAUUUGUUUUUUAAUUGGUUAUGUAGCAACGAAUUGA